AUCUUGUGAGUGCCUUGCUCAAAAAAAAGCUCCCUGUCAGCUCAGAGCAGGAUUGAGUCUGCUCUCUGGUCCCCACACCUGGUGCCUCCAACUUUCCCAGACCAACCUGAAUCUCAAACUAAACUCCCCUCAUUCUCCUGAGCGGUUUAUGGGGUGAGGGAGGGAAAAGCCUUCUUUUGGUGUUCCUAAAUCAUCCAAACUCGCCCUCUAGCUCGCGCUCCCAUGCCUCUUAUUAUGGGAGGUAUUGCAUGAUAGCUCAGCAGGGUCAUACCGACCUCUGCCUGCCUUUACACCCCGGCUCUGGCUUUCAGGUGCGCAUCCUUGCCGAGCAAUGUCCUGCUACGACCUGUGCCUGCCCUCCUCCUGCGGUCCCCGGCCCCUGGCCACCAGCUGCAACCAGCCCUGCUUCCGCCGCUGCGGGGACUCCACUGCCUUCAUCCAGCCGCCCACGGUCGUGGUCACCCUGCCCGGGCCCAUCCUCAGCUCCUUCCCGCAGAGCACCGCAGUGGGCUCCACGGCGUCGGCGGCGGUCGGGAGCUACCUGCGCUGCUGCGGCAUCCCCGUGGGCUCCCGGGGGCUGGGCAAGGUGGGGCUGCUGUGCCUGGGCACCGGCCUCUAGGGUGUGCCCGGCCGGCUCCUCCUGCCCGUGCCAGCGGCGUGGUCAGGAAGGGCAAGCGAAGCACUCGACCAAGAUUGGGGAAGAGGACUAAGGAGAUGCCCCUAGG